CAAAAGGGGAGAUAUUUAAGAAGGAACUGAAAUUUCCUCGAUUUUUUAUUAUCAUUGUUUUCUCAAAAAGAUUAAUUCGUUCUGUUAGCGAAGGACUUACAGUGUGUUCAGUCGGACCUCUUGACUUUUCGAUCUCCAGGGAAGUGGUUGAUCGGCUGUUCUGGAUUACUGUUCAUUUCGGAUUUUCACGAAUUGAGAAAGUACAGAACGAGAUUAUUCUGUGCGAAUGGCGGUCUAGCCUGGCCUAUAAGGAGGCGACGAACGAGGGGCUACUGACGGGAUGGCAAGAUCCUGUCGUGUUAUCCUCUGCGUCCUGGGACUGCUAUGCCUCGCCGCGACCCUCGCCCUAGGAAGCGAUGAGGGCGGAGGCGAAGGAGGCGAAGGCGGAGGCGUCACGGACCUCCUCCCGAAGACCUCCUCCAGCGCCGAGACAAAAGCCGAUGACGAAGGUGCUGACGAAGCGAACGAUGGUAGUAAUAGGGAGAAAGAGUUAGAAAACGCGAGUAACAGCUCUCGUGUUGCCCGCGCGAGGAUGCUCUUACUCGCCGACAACAACAACAACAACAACAACAACAACAGUAGCAAUAUAACCAGUACGAGGGACCUCCUUACCUGGCGCUUGAAGGACACGAGCCUCCUGGACAAGCUGGCCAACAAGAUCAUUGCCAGCGAGGAGGUCGAGGAGAGGCAGAACCCCAACAGGAGUGGCCAGGCUGACGAAGACGGCGACGAAGGGGCUGACAGUCUCCCGAGCGCUGACGAAGGAGCUGAUCUCGCUGACGGAGACAGCAAGGGUGAAGCGUCUAAGGUGGUGGAGACCCGCGUGGCAGCCCCAGACACUUAUCGGAAGCACAGCGAGAACGUUUCGUGUGAUAAGAACUCCUGGGCGUGUCUCACAGCCAACGAGACCCUCCGACUCCGCCAGCAGCUCCUGCAGGAUCUGGAGACGUCCUUCAACGCCCCCUUGCCCUCGAGGAUCCGCUACCGCCUCAAGAAGAAGCCGUCGAUCUACACCUCCAAGAAACCCAACAUCCGCUACGACAUCGGGAUCCCCGACAUCUACGAGACGGAGGUCGUAGUGACGCCCAAGCACCCUCAGGAGCUGCACGACAUCCAGCCCACCGUCGGCUACCCGAAGGAGGACUACCGCGUCGCCGCCGACAGGAAGUACCAGCGGUUCGUCCCGACCCCCGGCCAGCCCCAAUACGUGCCCCUGGAGGCCCUGGUGACGCCCGGGUAUGACGAGGAGGCGGCGAGCGGCCCCUCCUCCGCCAAGCCCUAUAUCCCCCUCAACAGAGACAAGCCGGCCGAGGAGUCUCCGAACCUGGUGUUCCGGCCUCCUCGCCGUCCGCCCGGCCACCAUCGCCGCCGCACCAACGGGCUGGUCUCGAGGCCGCCCCCCGGACGCCCUCACUUCUUCACGCCCGCGCCGGAGAGGCUCAGCAUCCAGGCGCACCUCCAGUACCGCCGCCCGGUCUCCUUCAAGUACCGAAGGACAGACGCGGAGGCGGAGCGUUCGACGGAGCCGACACCCGCAACCCGCCCCUACACCACAGUGCCAUACCCCACAAAAGCCGUCACGCCUCACCCAGUAAAGGCUUCUCCAACACCAACACACCAUGAAGCGGCGUCGACUGAGGGCUACACGAAACCCUCCCAGACGUACCUUCCGCCAGACAAAGAGUACCUCCCGCCACAUGCUCCUGCUAAGACCACCGAGACAGGAACCCAUUCUAAGCCCUCUCAGCACUAUCUUCCCCCGAACAAGGAAUACAUAGCUCCUGUGGCUCCCUUGACGACGCCCACGUACAAGGCUCCAGAAGCUCCUCACACAGACCCUCCCUCAGCUUACAUUGCACCCGAGAAGGACUACAAGCCCCCACAUGCUGCGACGCCACAAACUGGGUAUAUAACGCCAGUUGUUACCUAUACUGACCCUCCCAAGCAGUAUGUCCCCCCGAGCACAGAGUACGAGGCUCCUCACGUUGCAACGCCUACCCCUGGCAUCUCGCAGACUUACCUUCCCCCAAACAAAGAGUAUGUGCCCCCAGAAAAACCUGCUGAGAAAUAUGAAGCACCUUCACAGAAGUAUGAACCUCCCACCAAUGAAUACCUUCCCCCAAAAGCUCCCUCUCCUCCUACCACAACUUACGAAGCGCCUCCAAGAAAGUACAUACCUCCAAGUAAUGAAUACUUGCCACCAUCUGCCAAUCACAAGCUCCCGGAACAGACCCAUGCAGAACCUCCAAGAAAGUACCUUCCGCCAAACAAGGAAUUCGCUGCCCCACCGCGAAGAAGACUGCGGCCGGGUGCAAGGCCCAAGGUACCCGGCAAACCUGUAGCGAAGCCACCCAGAAAAUACCUUCCUCCGGACAAGGAAUUCACUGUGCCCGGAAGGAGAGUUCCUGGUGAGGGGAAGAUCCCAGGCCGAAGACGCCGUCCCGGAGGCCCUGGCAAGAGGAGGAGGAAGCACCCCAAGAGGCCCACUUUGCCCAGCAGGACGUACCUACCACCCAAUGUCGAAUUCGGAGAUGGAGGUCCUCCUGCACCGGGUUAUGGGACAACGCCUGCUCCACGCACUUACCUACCUCCUAAUAAGGAAUAUAACACACCACCUGCGAGGACGUAUGAGCCUCCCACUAACGAAUAUCUGCCUCCACCCAGAGAUGAUACGAAAGCCCCACAAAUGACGACCAUGGCUUCCGUCACGUACGCAACCCCCUCCAGGACGUACCUGCCACCUCAGCGAGAAUAUCAGACCCCACCAGCGAGGUAUGCAACACCAAGUCAGACUUACGUUCCGCCCACUAAUGAGUACAUACCACCCAAUGUACCAGAUACGCCAAGCCAGACUUAUGGACCACCCGUUAAUGAAUACAUACCGCCCAAGGCAGCAGGUACCCCAAGCCAGACUUAUGGUCCUCCCGUUAAUGAAUAUAUACCGCCUAGAGUCACUGCAGUGCCCAGCCAGACUUAUGGUCCACCGGUUAAUGAAUAUAUACCGCCUAGAGUCACUGCAGUGCCCAGCCAGACCUAUGGUCCACCAGUUAAUGAAUAUAUGCCGCCUAGAGUCACUGCAGUGCCCAGCCAGACUUAUGGCCCCCCCAUUAAUGAAUACAUACCGCCCAAAGCAGCAGUGACGCCCAGCCAGACUUAUGGUCCACCCACUAAUGAAUACAUACCGCCUAAAGUAGCAGCAACACCUGCACCAGCAUACGUCCCCCCUGUCCCUCCCCCAAAAACCAACUAUGCCUCGCCUCAGUUGUCGUAUGCACCUCCCCAGCCGUCACGCAAGUAUGAGCUGCCUGUCAACGAGUACAUAAUAACAAUUCCAAAACCCGAACCACACGACACACCCCUUCCCUCUUGGCUUGUAAGCCUGCAGCAGACCAAAAGCCCUCUAGAAGCCCAAGCCUUCAAAAUCCGCAAGACCAACCCAACGCCUCCUCCAGGGUACGACCCCAAUACGUCCACAAAGGCAAGUUACGCAAAGACAACAUCUGCUCCUUCCUACGCUUACUCUCCUCCUGAACCACAGUACUUACCUCCCAAGCCUGAAUACCAAGCUCCUCCUGAAAGACCACCUGCUGUUACCCCCGGCUACUCCCUGCCAUCUAGGACCUAUCGGCCUCCAGAUAAAGAGUAUUUGCCUCCUAAAGAUUACAGUCCUCCUGCAACUCCUCAAGAAUCCUAUGUUCCCCCUAGAGCCCCGGUACAGGCUUACAUUCCGCCCGAAGUUUCGCCAGACGUGUAUGUGCCGCCUAGGGCUCCUGUAGCAGCUGACGUCUCGAAACCAAAAUCUUCUUACAUACCGCCACCUCCGCCUCCACUACAUAUCCCAAUCGACCCCACCUAUCUGCCUCCUCCUAAGCAACCGCCUGUCACCUAUGCUCCACCUCGGCAUGAUGUCUAUGUCCCCCCUCAGGCACCCACUCACCCACCUCCUCCAUCAGCAAAUCUGCACUUGAGCGCCCCACAUUCGACACAUUAUACUACCCCAAAACCCACAUACUCGACUGUGGUUUCUGGCAUACCGCACGCUCCUGUAUCAGCAUACGUUCCCCCAGCUAAACCCAAACCAGAUUACGUUCCUCCUGCACAUCCCACCACGGCAUACGUUCCACCAGCCAAACCCACUCAAGCUUACGUUCCCCCAGCACCACCUAAACCAGCUUACGUUCCUCCUGCUCAGCCUGAAGAAGCUUAUGUUCCUCCUGCUAAACCCACUCAGGCUUACGUUCCUCCUGCUCAGCCCAAACCAGAUUACGUUCCUCCUGCGCCCGCCAAGCCACAUGCCGCUACUACUUACAGUCCUCCCUCACCCAAGCCAGACUACGUUCCGCCAGCUAAGCCCACACAGACUUACGUGCCCCCGGCUUCGCCCAAACCCGCCGUCCACGUGACCACUUACAAACCCUCGUACGAUCCUAAGAUAAAGAAACUCCAGGAUUUCAGUCACCCGGGAGUUUCCUUAGCCCCACGACCUUCCCUGCGUCCCAACUAUACCACCACGACCUACUCGCCUCCCGUGUACACCCCUUCGACCUUCGGACCGGGAUACAACGACCUCCCCGCCAGCGUCAAGUCUCCUCUCCCGACGGCGAUCGCCCCUCCUCCUCACGCACCCGCUCGACCCCACCAUCCCCGUCCUUACUACUACGAUGACUAUGAUUACUACUACGACGGCGACUACUACGACUACGACUACUACUACUACGACGACGACGACGAUAACUACUACUACGAUGACUACGAUUACGACUACUACUAUGAUGACUACGACUAUGGCCCGCCGCAGAGUCUUAGACGACCUGUCCCGCACCAUCUCAUUCCUCAGUCGGACUACUUCGACAUUCUCGAGAACGAAAUCCAAGACUUCGGGUACAUUGCCGGCAUUCCUGGUCGCGCCGGUCGUGAUUACCCAAUCCUGAGCUACAUUCCCUUGACCUCUUUUGGCUGUGACCUCGUGGCUGAUUACCCGGGUUACUAUGCUGAUAUGGAAGCUGGGUGUCAGGUGUUCCACAUCUGUCACCGCAACGGCCGCCAGGAUUCGUUUCUCUGCCCCAACGGCACGGUCUUCAACCAGAAGUACUUCGUGUGUGACUGGUGGUACAACUUCGCCUGCGAGGACGCCCCCUUCUUCUACCCCGUGAACGCUGCCAUCGGCCACCCAGGCGUCCCUCUGCACAAGGACGUCCUAGAGGCUGAUAUCAGGGCGUCCCGAUACGUCAGCGAUCCCCAUCAUGGCUACGCUACGCCCGCUCCUGUACAUCACCCUUCAGCUGCGUUGCAUCACCCAUCUCUUCCCGCUCACCACGUGACUCCUGCUCCUCAUGUCAGUCAGCUGCAGAAUUCGCAUGGACCGCCACAUCACGUGACGUUCCCGUCCAUAGGUUAGAUCAAGCAUUAAGGGUGAAAAAAAGGAAAGAUAUAUGUUUAUAUUUUUCUCUUUUCUUCUCUCAUGGUUGUCCAUUAUUUCGUAACUGAUCAGAAGCGGCGUGAAAAUGGGUCGGACGAAAGUGAAGUGAAGGUACGUAAUGAGGUUGGUUAGCUUAACAGAGGUGUCUUUCUUCCCAUCUCUUUAAGAAUCGAUGCAGGACCGAGAUUUCGAAUAAAGUUCUUUCUUGGUUGAUUUAUAAAGAACAGUUACAGCUACACCACUCGGUUACUUUCUUCAGUUACAUUACAUGGCAUUUAUCCCACACGGAAGAUGGUAACGAAGAUUAGGGAAAACAACAACAACAACAACAGGAAGGGUGUCUGUUUCUGUGACCUUCCGUUUAGUUAUUAACUCACAGGCAGUUGAUCUAAGCUUAUGCCAUGGCUUUUCAUUAUAAACAAACCCAUAUUGUUUGUCACUCAAUCAUCCAACACUACUAAGGAAGGCAGGUAUGCACUCGGAACCUCCGAAGAAGAGGCUCUCAUCACAAGAUUAUGGAAGGGGUAACAUAAUGUCUCCUUCAUUCGCAAAAAAAAAAAAAAAAAAAAAAAAAAAGGAAAUUGGACACUGCAACGUGGGUGUCCCUUUUGGGUGUCCGUUUUCCACGCUGUCCUAGCUACACUCCAUCCAAUCUCGGAAAGGAAAAAACUGGCAACUCGCCAGGACGUUGGCGUACUCCGAUUUGCCAAGUCUCGUUUGAGUAAAAAUAAGAGCGAUAUCAAAGGCAGCAAAUUUAAAUAACAAACAAUAGAAAAUAUUGCAUAUAAUUCUUUAAAACAAACAAACACCACUAAACACCCGUAAAAAUAAAGUAUUAAAUGUGAAAUGAUUAGAAUGAAGUGGACUCAGCGAAUCGGAGUGUUCGAGAGAACUUGGUGAGUUGCCAUUUAUUGUAAUUUCCUGAACCUGGACGCACUGUAGUCAAGGACACAACCUGCCAUCCUUAGUGGCAAUCUAGUCCCUGUUUUGUUUGUGUAUAUACGUAUCGUUGUUUCAGUUACUUAGCUUAGAAUAUUUUUUUUUUAUUUUCCUUUAAAAAAAAAACCGCUACAUUAAAUAGGUAUAUAGCCUGUUUAUUGUAUUUUUUUUUACAUUUGUUUACAUUUUACAGUAAUUUGAUUGCAAAUAUUGUUUUGUAUUUGUAGUGUUUUGCAUAUUUUUUGUGUUUUUUUAUCGAGUUAUUUUUUCUGCAGUUUUGAUAACUUGAGCAGAAAUCAAUGUUUACAGAAAGUUUUAAUUCAUUUAGUGUUCUAUGCUUACUGAUGAUAAAAUUGGUGCCUUACUAAUUUAUAUGUUAAGAUGUUAUUGUAUCUGUAUUUUCUAGUGUAUUACAAGAAUGGCAAUUCUGAUGCUGCAUCUACUAAGCAAUUUCACAGCAAUUACGCAUUAACUUAUCCAUCAUAAAACCACAAAGCUUCAGAACUAUCUCACGAAGCAAUACUGAACCACACAUAUAUCUACGUCUUCUAUACGUCAUCAACGACAAUUUUCUAAAGGAGACGAAUUUAAAAUGUGGAAAGUCACUGAAGUUCUUUGCAUUAGAGAGAGAAAAAAUAUUAGAAGGAACUCAAGUGAAGAGGUGCCAUCUAAUGCCACAUCAUUUAAGCCAUUAUUGUGCCAGCGAAUUUCUUGCCACGACGUUUGUUCAAGGACUGUUUGUGAUGCUUUUGUUAUGAAUAAAGAGUCUAAAACAAAA